AUGAAGGCCAUCCUUCCUGGACAGCCAGAAGCCAGCCUCCAGGCGCUGUCAACGGGUCACUGGGACGGUGCCGGCGGAAGGCGCAUCGUUGUCUACAUCACGGGCAACGCCCUCGCCAUCCUGUCCGAUGACACCAUAAUCCAGACGAUAUACGACGAUGAUGAGCGGAAACUAGAGGCCGUCGCCUUCGAUGAGUUGUCGGGCAAGAUAGCCGCGAGCACCGGAAGGACAGUCAGGAUCUACAAACCCUUAGGGCAGCUAGACGAUGCGCUGAAGUGGGGUCUGCAGUCCUCUUUCGAUAUCGACGAAGCGAAUACAUCUGCCAGUCUUUCUUGGGGAAGCUCCGAAGAGCUCCUCGUCGGCCGCAAUGCGUUAUGGCUCUACGACACCACCUCCAACCCUGCCUCCUGUUACUGGCAUGCCGAACUACCUUCGCCCGUCAGAAGUGCGACUUUGUCAUACGACUCUGCCUAUAUAGCCUCUGUGGGUUACCAUGAUCGCAUGGUCAAAGUCUGGCGGAGGCUGAACUUCGGCUUUGAAUCACAUUUCGACUUUGGGUACCUACCACAUCCACGAGCGGUUGCGAGGAUAGAAUGGCGACGACCCGUACAUUUUGAUCAGACAAUUGAGAACGUAUUAUACACGUUCUGCGCAGACAAUAUGAUGCGGGUGUGGACGGGGGCAGAUGGCCACGGGUGUCAGUUCCUCAGGCUUUGGGGCGAGGUCGACCUCGCGACCGCAAUACAAGAUGACACUCGUAAUCGUAGUGCCGACCCGGACAUUCGCUGGGCUUUUAUCAUCGGUCAAAGAGACCUUGCUACCGCUACAGAGAAGGCCGUUGGAGGACGGGAGGCCGGCCUAGUAAAGGACGAUGUGCGGCUCCAAUACCUGAUUUCCAUCGCCAACAGGGACACAGAGAUAUGUGUCAUCAUGGAUGGUCGCGGUAAUAUGGCAGCCUAUGCUCUCGAGAACGUCUGCACCAAAUCUCAAAGCGCCAACAACAUCGACACAGUGACACUGGUCAAGUCGAAGGACUUUGACUUGCUUGGUAGAUCGGGAGAUUUGCAGCACGUUGCCAUAUACAACUAUUGCAACAAGACAUCGGGCCAGUUGAACGUACUGUUCCACCACUUCGAUGGAAGGGUGGAAGUAUUUGAGUCUAACAUUACGGAUCUUCUCGAUCCUACGUCAAAACCCCGACGUUUGAUUCCUCGGGCGACUUGGUCGGGACACUCUGCGUCUAUUAAGAAGAUUGUGCGCAACUUUAGCGGAAGGGCCAUUGUCUCGAGGACCGAACAGGGAGAGAGUCUGGUUUGGAGGCAUGCUUCCAAUCAGAGCGGAUCAAAACUCGUCCGGCACAAUGCCAUUCCUGAAAGUCGGCAUAUUCACAGGAUAUGCUUGCUACGGGGCGGGAAAUUUGUUGUCUUCCUGCAUCAUAAUGCUAUAUGUGUAUGGGAUUGCCAACAGAAUAAGCCGUCUUUGCUUGCAGAGAGCAAGUACGACAUACCAGGGAAGCCGCUUUGUGUUCUCGUCCUCCCGCGCAAGAACGCCAAGGAUGUUUCCGUGGCACAUAUUGCAACUAUUACUUCGGAGCAAAGAGGAAUCGUGUGGGAACUUCGUCUCCCGAUUCGAUCUCGCAAUGAGGUCAAGUUGCCGAUUAACGGGCAUAAGCCGGGUGCGUGCUCGAUACGCGAGUUUUGCAGCUUCAACCUGGACGACGCUGGGGACCUGGCAUAUGUUCUGCCAGUUGAUCCUGCGGGGUCUUCGCCCGUCAUAUCCGGGUUUCUUGAUGUCUUUGCCAGGGAUGUGGCAGUCUCCUAUACACAUUCUGGUCGCGUUGAGUUCUGGACUGCACGAGUCAGCAGCGAUCGUGACCGAGUUGAGUGGCUCUCGACAGCGUCACUGGAAACUGGUAUCGCAGAACCUGCGCUUGUCAGUGGUAGCACGAUGAAGAAAGCUGCCCUGGUUAACGCUAGUAGAUCUGAGGUCACUAUAUGGGAUGUCCGAGGCGCCCAACUGGAGUUUUCUCGAGAUUUUGAGAGUCACAAUACGGUGCAGGACCUUGACUGGACUUCGACACCAGACUCGCAGUCGAUUCUUGCCGUGGGGUUUCAGUAUCGAGUUGUCUUGCUUGCACAGAUGCGUUUCGACUACUUGAAUAAGGGACCGGCCUGGGCGACCAUUCGGGAAAUCAGCAUUCGUGACUUCACGCCGCAUCCCAUAGGCGACUCAACAUGGCUCAGUGGUGGUAACCUUGUCAUUGGCGCGGGCAAUCAGUUGUUUAUGUAUGAUCGAAUGUUCGAGACACCUCACUCCUUCGCGAUCAGCUCUCGCUUGCCGCACCGCAAAGAUGGCACGAGAGACCUUUUCGAGGUGGUGCAGAGGCUGAAUGGUCCGCUUCCGAUAUUCCAUCCCCAGUUCCUUAGUCAAUGCAUGCUGUCCGGGAAGAACACUUUGGUUCAAAGGGUGCUCCUUGCGCUGAAUCAUACCCUGAAGUACCACGUUGAGGGCGAGACGAUAGAUGACUACCUAGGCCUGGAUCUGGCCGAGUUCUAUAUCGGCAGCAGUAUUGCCGCGACUACUAACGGAAGUGAUUCGUACCUCGUACAAAGAGCAUCCUAUGAUGAUGCUGACGAAGCUUUCUCGGAGGACACAGCUGUGAAUGUUUGCGAGAAGCUUCAGAAGAUCGCCCUGCCCCAGCUGUCUAGCCAUGAACAAAUACAGCUCCUCGACAUAGUCGAAUGCGUUGGCGUCGUUGAGCGGCAACGGCGAUCAAUGGAUGAGAAUGGAGCGCGGUUUAUGCUCUUCUUCCGGCAGCACGCUCUACGUAAGGGCCGCACGAAUGAGAUCCACAUGUCCUGGCGGGAAAUCAACUGGGCUUAUCAUUCGACAAGUCAGGAUAUUCUGACGGACUUCGUGUCUCGUCAGUAUCAUGGAACGUUGUUGUGGGAGAACGCCAGGGAAAGUGGGGUCUUCAUGUGGCUCACAGAUGCCGCAGCAGUCAAAGCCCAGUUUGAAAUUGUGGCGCGAAAUGAAUACGCCAAGAGCGACGUGAAGAACCCUGUCGACUGCAGUCUCUUCUACUUUGCGCUGAAGAAGAAGGCGGUUCUUCAGGGUCUCUGGCGCAUGGCACAUGGAAACAGGGAGCAAGUUGCAACUCAACGACUGUUAUCAAACAACUUUGAGGAUCCCAAGUGGAGGACGACGGCGCUGAAGAACGCGUAUGCCUUGCUGAGCAAGCGACGUUUUGCAUAUGCUGCCGCAUUCUUCCUCCUGGCGGACCACCUGCAAGAUGCGGUGAAUGUCUGUCUGAAUCAGAUCAAGGACCUACAACUUGCCAUUGCCAUCACCCGAGUUUACGAAGGCGACAAUGGACCCAUCCUCAGAAAGCUCCUUGAAGAUGAGGUACUUGCAGUGGCAGCUCGGGAGGGCAAUCGUUGGCUAGCGUCGUGGGCGUUCUGGAUGCUUAGACGGCGCGAUAUGGCAGUCCGCUCUUUGAUCACACCAGUAUACACCCUCCUAGAAACCCCCUACCCCUCCGACCUGAAAUCCAAACUCUUCCUAACGGACGACCCGGCCCUCGUAGUUCUCUACUCCCAACUCCGCCAAAAGACGCUACAGACCCUCCGCGGCGCCUCCAAGGUAACCCCCAAAGUAGAGUGGGACUUUGUUCUCCACAACGCGCGACUGUAUGACCGCAUGGGCUGUGAUCUUUUAGGUUUGGAUCUAGUCAGGAACUGGGAGUUCCUCCGCGCACCGGUCGCGCCUCCCGGACUAGGGGGCGAGAUUGACUUGCCGAAGUUGUUGAGAAGACGGAGCUCACUGGUCGUCGCGGAUAUGCCACUGAGUCCUAUAGGGGCCGAAAUGAAGACGGGCGGCGGUGGAUGGCCCGGGAUCGGGACGGGGAAUAGCAAGGCGCAACAGACGCCGACGGUGUUUGAGGAGCCCGAUGCGGGAAGUCUGCUGGAUAGUUUUGGGUUUUGA